CAGUACUGUGUAAGCUGGUUAUUCUAUUAGAAACAAUCCAUGUAGUUUACAAGUACCUUGGUUUAUAGAUUAAAUCAAAUUCUGUAUUAAUCAGUUUUGAUAAUGCAGAUUAUAAGCACAUGUAGGAGCAUCUGCUUCUAUUUUGUUUAGUUGAAGAUUAUCCCUUAAUCAUGCAACGCCCAGGUGAGCAUUUUCAGAUUUGUUGAUUCAGGGAAGGUGGAGAUAGUAUUAAAGGCCACUCACAUUAUGCUGUGGUUACACUUACGUUGUGGCUCCUCUGAAGAAUUGAACCACUCAGUGAAGAGAAUGGCAAGAAGAAAUGUCCUCAUUACAGGUUGCUCCUCCGGAAUUGGACUGGCAUUAGCUGUAAAAAUGGCAAAAGAUGAACAGAAAAGAUUUAAAGGUAACAAUCUAUCUGUUCUUUAUCUUUACAGAAACAUACUGUUUGAGAUGGUGCUGGUUUUUUUUGUCUGUGAUUUAACAGGUGAUUUUAUUCAGUUUGGCGACUCAUUUUUGGUUUGUUUUCCUCUUCUACUGUCAAGAAAAUACAGUGAAAAUCCAGGAAAUAUGGAAUCCAGAAUUAGUUUAUGGGUACCUAAAAACGGUUUAGUGGCAUAAUGUAACACCCAGUUUUUUAAAUUUUAGUGACUGUAUUAUGCUUUCUACACUCCAUGUUCUUCAUUAGACAAAGCUGUUUAAUUCUUUUGAAUUUCUCGAGGAUUUCAGAACCAGACUGGGAAAUUAGUGACAAUGUAUGUUCAAAAUAGAAUCCUUUAACUUUUAGUUUUUAUCUCAUUUCUGUAUUAAGUCCUGCAUAUAAAAGUAUUGUCCUUUAAUACCUCUCUGUACAAGUGCCACAGUGAAGAUUUUAUUUCUGGUGUGUUGCAGUGUUUGCCACAAUGCGGAACCUGGCCAAGAAAGAGCCACUGGAGGAAGCUGCAGGUCACAGGCUGGGCAAAACCCUCGAGAUUAAACAACUGGAUGUCUGUGAUGAACAGUCUAUUAAAACCUGUGUGAAUAGUAUCCCUGACAGAAGGAUUGAUGUCCUGGUGAGCAAUGCUGGAAUGGGGCUCAUUGGACCUAUUGAAUGUCAGAGCAUUGAGGAAAUGAAAACUGUGAUGGACACCAACUUCUUUGGCCUGGUUCGACUCCUGAAGGAGAUCUUGCCUGACAUGAAGAGGAGAAAGAGUGGGCAUAUAGUUAUAAUAAGCAGUGUUAUGGGAAUACAAGGCAUCUUAUUUAAUGAUGUUUAUGCUGCAUCUAAGUUUGCUGUGGAAGGAUUCUGCGAAAGUUUAGCUAUACAAGCACUCAAGUUCAAACUGCAGUUAAGUUUGAUUGAACCAGGCCCAGUGGUUACAGAGUUUGAAAGAAAAGUGUUUGAAGAUGGAAUGAAAAUGGAUCUUUCAGCUGCAGAUAAAGAAACAGCUGAGAUGUUUACUAACAUUUACCUUAAAAAUUACAAACAAAUUUUUCAGAGCCUGGGACAAAGUGCUGAAGAUGUUGCAGAGCAUACAGUAAAGAUAAUUCUUGCAGAAAAUCCACCUUUUCGCCAUCAGACCAACACCUUGUAUACUCCAAUGACAACUCUGAAGUAUGCAGAUCCAAAUGGAGAUCUACCCAUUGACAUAUUCUACAAAAUGGUUUUUCAGCAUGACAAAAUCUUCAGUGCAAGUCUCAACUUCAUCAAAUUGCUACGGUGGAGAAGCAGAAAGAGCUUUGACCUGGGAAAACCUUCACAAUAAGUAUGAGAUUAUAUAGUGCAAAUUGGAAUUAUUUUUUGUAGCUACUGAUGACACAGUAUGUUGUUAUUCAAAUGCCUUUGGUCUGUAAUUAAGAAAAUGCAUGCAAGGUACUUGUUUGAGCUUAGCUAAGAUAUUCAUUUCAAUGUGUAUCUCUUGAAUGUUACUGUUUGCAGACCCUUGCAAUUAAAAUCCUCUAACUGUA